AAUCUGCCUAAGUACUCACUCUGCUUCAUUAAACAUGUGAAGCCAAAACCCCAACGGUUGUGGGCUUAUAAAUACAAAGACUCCACACUUUUCUCUCUGCGGGCUUCCAGUUUAGCUCUGUAGGUUGUUGGUUGGUUGGUUGGUUAGUUUGGGGGGUUUUGUAUUUUUUUUUAGGCUUUUUGGGCAGAGCGCAGAGGCCAAAUGGCUUCCUCUGUUUCCACAUCUUCUCUCUUUCUCCUCUUUUUCUUCGCCACCUCUCUCCUCCUCUCCAAUGCCUUCCCCGCCCAACACUACCCUCUCCACCACCACCGCCGCCCCCGCUCCGCCGCUCACAACUACAGAGACGCCCUCACUAAGUCCAUCCUCUUCUUUGAAGGCCAGAGGUCGGGAAAGCUUCCCCCUAACCAGAGGGUCACUUGGAGGAGAGACUCUGGUCUCUCAGAUGGGUCAGCUAUGCAUGUUGAUUUGGUGGGAGGGUAUUAUGAUGCAGGGGACAAUGUGAAGUUUGGGUUUCCCAUGGCUUUCACCACCACCAUGCUUUCAUGGAGUGUGAUUGAGUUUGGUGGGUUAAUGAAAGGUGAGCUGCAAAAUGCAAGAGAAGCCAUUCGCUGGGGCACUGAUUACCUCCUCAAAGCCACUGCAAAACCAGACACCAUUUAUGUUCAGGUUGGGGAUGCGAAGAAGGAUCACGCCUGUUGGGAGAGACCCGAGGACAUGGACACCCCAAGAAACGUGUUGAAGAUUGACAGAAACACCCCUGGCUCUGAGGUUGCAGCUGAGACUGCUGCUGCUCUUGCAGCUGCUUCUUUGGUGUUCAGGAGAACUGACCCCACUUAUGCCAAGCUUCUUGUCAGGAGGGCUAUUAGGGUGUUUGAGUUUGCUGAUAAGUACAGAGGUGACUACAGCAAUGGGUUGAGAAGCUCUGUGUGUCCUUUCUAUUGCUCUUACUCUGGUUAUCAGGAUGAGUUGUUGUGGGGAGCUGCUUGGUUGCAAAAGGCCACAAGGAACCCAAUGUAUCUCCAAUACAUUCAAGUGAAUGGACAAGAACUUGGAGCUGAUGAGACUGAUAAUACAUUUGGGUGGGAUAACAAGCAUGUUGGGGCCAGGAUUCUACUCUCCAAGGCAUUUCUAAUUCAAAAGCUUCAAUCACUCCGUGAUUACAAAGGUCAUGCCGAUAACUACAUUUGUUCCCUCGUGCCAGGGACCCCAUUGUCUCAAGCCCAGUACACCCCAGGUGGGCUACUGUUCAAAAUGAGUGAUAGUAACAUGCAGUAUGUGACCUCCACCUCCUUCCUCCUCUUAGCCUACGCCAAAUACUUAACUUCCUCCCACCAAGUGGUCAAUUGUGGUGGAGUCGUCGUCACCGCCAGUAGGCUCCGUUCCGUGGCCAAAAAACAAGUGGACUACUUGCUUGGAGACAACCCGUUGAGGAUGUCCUACAUGGUGGGGUAUGGUCCAAGGUACCCGCAAAGGAUCCACCAUAGGGGAUCAUCCCUACCGUGCAUUGCUGCACAUCCGGCUAAGAUACAAUGCUCAUCUGGGUUCAGCAUCAUGAAUUCCCAGUCCCCUAACCCGAACAUCUUAGUGGGGGCUGUGGUCGGUGGGCCCGAUCAGCACGAUCACUUUCCCGAUCGAAGGUCAGACUACGAGCAAUCAGAGCCUGCAACUUACAUCAAUGCACCGCUUGUUGGAUCAUUGGCUUAUCUUGCUCACUCAUUUGGCCAGCUCUAGAUUAGUAACUAUCUCCAAAAGUAUUCCCACUUAUUUGGGAGGGAGUGUAGGUUCUCUAAUAGUAUUACUCUAGUAAUGUGAAUGUGGUGGUGUUGGCGUCCAGAUCUAAUGAGACUCGGGCCCCUAACCUUGUGGACGUUGUUACUAUUUACAUAGCAUUUAUCGUUGGAUUACAGUACCUGGAAGUGAUUUAACAGUAGUAAAAUGCGUAUGGGUUGUGUGUAAAAA